UUUAGAGAAAACUAAUAACAUAACCUAAGUUAAGCUAACCUAUAAUUGUGAGGAAAACAUUUCUUGCUUGUAUCUUGUUUUAAUAUUGUGUUAAUUGUAUAUAUAGAGGAGGAUAUGAGGUGAAAGAAAAUGGGAAAGCAACCAGUUCGUUAUUUUACAAAACCUGACCCUACAGCCCUUGAUACUGAAAAUAAAAAAUCUUCCGAUGCUCUAACGUAUGAUGUUACUAAUGUUAAGAAAAGACCAUGGGGUAGAAGAGCGGAGGACAAGCAGUUUAAAAAAGCAAAAACUUUAAUUAGACAAAAAUCUAACCCAAAUCCCACUUUCAGAGGGAAGGUUAAACCUCCUAAAGAACUCAUUGAAAAAUAUAGUAAAGGUGAAGGGGUCAAUGUCAAACGUGUUAGAACUACGUUUCACAAGAAAAAAAUUGAGAAAAAGGAGAAAAAAAUCAAAUUUGCAGUUGACCAAGCAGCAAAAGCCGAAGUUUUGCUAACCGAGGAUGCGGGUUACCUUGAAGCAGAGGCUGGAGAAACAACAACUCAGUUCACACAAAAAGAAAUUGUAAGAAAUGUAGAUAUUGCUGCUGCGUCAAAACAUUUUGACUUGAAGCUUGACUUUGGUCCUUAUCGUGCUAAGUAUUCUAGAAAUGGAAGACAUUUGUUGUUAGGAGGUAAAAAAGGUCAUGUUGCUGCUUUCGAUUGGGUGACAAAAAAGUUACAUUGCGAAAUGAAUGUUAUGGAAUCUGUUCAUGAGAUCAGUUGGCUGCAUAUUGAAACAAUGUUCGCUGUUGCCCAGAAGGACUGGGUUUAUAUCUAUGAUAACCAAGGCAUUGAAUUACAUUGCAUAAAAAGAAUGAAUAAGGUGUCAAGAAUGGAGUUCUUACCUUACCAUUUUCUCCUAGCUAGUUGCGUAAGUAUUCAACUAAUAUUUCUAGUAAAGUUAUCAUGAAUUAAUGUUAAUUAU